CAGCGCCUGGCCCUUGUGUGAUAUUUGUAACAAUGUAAUAAUAAUUAAAGAAAUUUGACUUCUUUAGAAGUGAUAUAUACAACUUUAUUUUCAGAAUCAGUUAUUCACAACAGAAAUUGCCCAGCAAACUGAUGAUAAUUAUCUCACAGCCAAUUUUAAUAUUUAGCUCAUCACAUUAUAAAGCCUAGUUACAGUAUUCAUAACUUACUAUAAAAUUGUAAUUAUAAUAAAAAGGAGUUAGGAAUAGGUAGUUGUAGGAAGACUGUAUAUUUCAUUGGCGAAUGCAAUAGUUUGGAAUAAUGCUUAAAUCCAAAUAUCAUUGUCUUUGGAUGGUCUUUUAUUCAUGUUUGACUCAUUGAUUACUUCACAUGUACAGUGGAAGAUGAAACUCAUAGAGUCACUUGCCCAUAUAGAACUUAUAAUUAAACUCUUUGUGGCCAGGUGGAAAGGAAGAAAACUAAUAAGAAAUAGAUAAUUAAGUAUUUAAUUUUAAUUUUAUAAGCUGUUAUAUGGGAGAUAUGCAUCUCUUAGGAGAUGACAUUUAAGCUGAAAUUGACUGAAAAAAUAAAGGAGCCAGUGAUGAGAAGCCAGUCACAGCAUUCCAAGGAGGGGCACAGUUUACACCAAAGCACUAAGGCUGGAAAGAGGGCAGUGUAUAGGAAUACAUGGAACAGAGGAGAACGGGGCUCUGUGUUUGCGGUAGGCCACAUUAAGGAGUUUAGAUUUUAUUCUAAGUAUAAUGGGAAGUCACUGAAGGAUUUCAGUGAGGAAAGUGAAAUGUCUGAUUUUUUAAAAGAAUGAUUCUCACUGCUGUAUCUGAGGAAAUAAUGAUGAAUGACACAGCCAGUAAAAGUGCUCUGAUGUUUUCUUUGUCUUUUUCCUCAUUCUACCUUCCUUAUUCCCCUCCUCUAAAAAUGGUAGAAUUAUGCUUAUAGAAUUGUGAUGAAAGAAUUGUAUGGCCUUAGAAUCAUCUUUUAGAGCAUUAUAUAUAUAUUAAUGUAUGCAAGUAUAUAUGUGUACAUAUGCAAUACUGUAAUUAUAUGCUGAUACAUAUUAUUCUGAAAAUGUCUUCCAUUUUUGCUGUCUUUUUGAGAAAAUAAUUUUGUGUACAUAGACUAAUGGUCCCUUUCAAAAAUUGCAUCAGUUUAUACCAUUGGACUACAUAUAGGAGUGGAAUGACUGUCCUUGAUCUUAUUUAUUUUCUUGCUUUACAAAAUAUUUUUAUAUAUGAAAAUUAGCAGGCCAAUCAAAGUUGGACUCUUCUCCCGGUUUGCUUCCUCGUUCUGUAACUUUAGCCAACUUAAUUAAUAUUUUGAUAAGAUUUCUUAGCCUUUCCUGUAAAAUUGUACCUACCUCAUAAGAUUUUUGUAAAGAAUAAAUGACAUAAUAUAUGUAAGGAAGUAAGGAUUACCUCUAGCAUAUAGUAUGUACUCAAUAAUAAUGAAAUCUUUUAACUUUUAUCUCCUCUGCUCUAUCUUUACUCCAAUCAAAGCCACCUUAAUUUCUCUCUCAGUGUACUUUGUGUAGACCAUAUACUUCUGAGAAAAGUAUGUGUAUAGUAUCCAGCAAGGACAUAAUUGAGGGAAGGCUCAUUUAAAUUUAGAAAGUAAAACGAAACUAACAUUAUCUGUAGUGCUUAAUUUAAAAAUUAUUAGAAUUUGGAAGUUCAUCGGAAAGGUCAGUCUGGGAAGUUUUUAAAACCAUAGGAAGAAUAGAUUUAGUGGGGUUUUUUUUGUGUGUGUAUUAUUCCCUGUGACUUUUAAAAAUAUAUAUUUUUAUUUCUAUAAUAUACACUUAGUUUAGCUUUACUUAUGCUACAUGUAUGGACUUUAAGUAACUUAGAGUUAUUUUGAGGAAUUCUUUCCAGUGAAGGCAGGGGUUGUUAUUGUCAUUUUUAGUGUUUAUAUUACUUGGAUAUUCAUCAAAACUCAUUGUUGUGUAUCUUAAAGAUAGCCUUAAACAAAGCCCUUUAACCCACGUGGAAAAAUCAAAAUGUAGUAUGAAUGAAUAGCUUUGGAAAAGUAUAAAGUUAUAUUAUAUACCCAAAAUAACAAUUAUUAAUAACGUCUCUAAAUAAGAUGAACAUUUAAAAUGCUAUUUGCAUAUAUCCCAUAUUAUGAUUGAAUUAAGUAGAACCACUUUUUACCUAACUGAAUACCAGACAUACUAUGGGGUUCUUGAUGAGAGGUAGUUCUUUCCUCACACUUUGAAGAGGACAUAGGUUUUACACUAAUGAAAUAUAUUUCUUCCACUAAACAAGUAUUUGGGGGCUGAAUCAAUCAAAAUACAUUUGUUGACUCUGAAGCCAUGCCUGUGUACUACUUAAAACCAUGUAACGACCAAACCAGUAAUAUCAGUUCAGGGAAUAAUAUCAAUUUGGUGAAAUUAUAUAUUCAUGUAAAAUAAUAUAAAGUACAAUAAAGAAUAGGGGUUAAGAUCAUGGGUUGUGGAGCCAGGUACCUGGUUUCGAUUUCAAUUUCUGCUUUCUCGGGAGCUAUGUGACCCAGAGGAAGUCGCGUAACUGCUCUGCCUCACUUUUUCAAACAUAAGUGAGAACGAUACUAAAAGUACCCGUAUCAUAGAAUUAUUAUAAAGAUUAAAGGAGUUUAAUUAUGUAAAACGCUUCAAAUAGUUAUUAGUACUGUGGUAAUGGUCCUUUAGUGUUUCCUGUCAUUAAACAUAUUCAUUUGGUUUAGUCAAGCAGAAAAUAUAAAGAAUGAACGGCUUAUUCUCAGAAUUCAGAAGGAAGAAACAAAUUAUGAGACAUCCCUAUGGCAGUACUAGAACGUUAACUACCUCUUCAAGGGUAGAUAAGAUCCAAGUUUGCUGGGUUAUAAGAACAAAGAUGUGGACGUGGAAAUUUAGAAAGUGUCUGAGAUGACGUGAGAUUGUUGAUUAAAAGAUCGUUGCAAGCAUUUGAUGAAAAAAGAGGUAUGAAAACCAGGUUGAUUAGAUCCUAUGUUGUGAGGAAUUGAGACCUAAACAAAUUGGGAGCUUCUGAGAUCACAUAACUUCUAUUGCAUGAUGGCUUGUUAUCUGUUUUCACCUUGAAAUUUAUAAUUCAUGAGUUUUAGACAUCUUUUCUCGUGUGGAAAUGGUUGAGUAGAUUCAAAUAACUUCAAGAAUUUUUAUGUGUUUUUAAUAUAUGAAAUCAAUCCAGUGAUGGCAGAAUUUUGUGUUGAGAUGAGUUUUUCUUGUGGUAGUAUUUUUAAAAUGUUCACCAAUGUCAAGUUUCAAGAUUUAUUGGACACUCUAAAGACAUGAAAUUAUUGUCGUAAUGUUGACCCCCGAUGGAGGCAUGUGGUGCAGCUUGCAGCGUUUCUUUCACCAUAACUGCAGAGUAUAACAUUUCAUUGCUUUCUCCCCAGGAGUUGCUGCAUUACCAGUUAGGAUAUAUGUAACAGCAUAUCAUUAACCAGGCACCAUCAGAUCAUCAAAACAAAGAAACUGCUCAAGCUGAAUUAUAUGUUCUCACUCUGAUAAUAAGCAUAGUGACAUUAUAUAAAAUCAAGACAGCAACAACAGCAAAGAAAGCCUGGACUAAUUUUCCAUACUUCCAAAUACUAGCUUGUUACCUUUGUUUCUUCAUCUGUUUUAAUUUCUCUAUAUCUUCACAGGUAUAGGAACCAUUGGCUCCAUAAAGAUAUGUUCACAGGUAAAAAGAUGGCCUAUCAAAAGGUCAAUGCAGAUCAAAGAGCUCCAGGACACUCACAGUACUUAGACAAUGAUGAUCUUCAAGCCACUGCCCUUGACUUAGAGUGGGACAUGGAGAAGGAACUAGAGGAGUCUGGUUUUGACCAAUUCCAGCUAGACAGUGCUGAGAAUCAGAACCUAGGGCAUUCAGAGACUAUAGAUCUCGAUCUUGAUUCCAUUCAACCAGCAACUUCACCCAAAGGAAGGUUCCAGAGACUUCAAGAAGAAUCUGACUACAUUACCCAUUAUACACGAUCUGCACCAAAGAGCAAUCGCUGCAACUUUUGUCACCUCUUAAAAAUACUUUGCAUAGCCACCAUUUUAUUUAUUUUUGGGAUUUUGAUAGGUUAUUAUGUACAUACAAAUUGCCCUUCAGAUACUCCAUCUUCAGGAACAGUUGAUCCUCAGUUAUACCAAGAGAUUCUCAAGACAAUCCAGGCAGAAGAUAUUAAGAAGUCUUUCAGAAAUUUGGUACAACUGUAUAAAAGUGAAGAUGACAUGGAAAUUUCAAAGAAGAUUAAGACUCAGUGGACUUCUUUGGGCCUAGAAGAUGUACAGUUUGUAAAUUACUCUGUGCUGCUUAAUCUGCCAGACCCUUCUCCCAGCACUGUGACUCUGAGCAGCAGUGGUCAAUGCUUUCAUCCUAAUGGCCAGCCUUGCAGUGAAGAAGCCAGAAAAGAUAGCAGCCAAGACCUGCUCUAUUCAUAUGCAGCCUAUUCUGCCAAAGGAAUUCUCAAGGCUGAAGUCAUCGAUGUGAGUUAUGGAAUGGCAGAUGAUUUAAAAAGGAUUAGGAAAAUAAAAAAUGUAACAAAUCAGAUCGCACUCCUGAAAUUAGGAAAAUUGCCACUGCUUUAUAAGCUUUCCUUAUUGGAAAAGGCUGGAUUUGGAGGUGUUCUUCUGUAUAUUGAUCCUUGUGAUUUGCCAAAGACUGUGAAUCCUAGCCAUGAUACCUUCAUGGUGUCACUGAAUCCGGGAGGAGACCCUUCUACGCCUGGUUACCCAAGUGUUGAUGGAAGUUUUAGGCAAAGCCGAUCAAACCUCACCUCUCUGUUAGUGCAGCCCAUCUCUGCAUCACUCGUUGCAAAACUGAUCUCUUCGCCAAAAGCUAGAACCAAAAAUGAUGCCUGUAGCCCUCUAGAGCUUCCAAAUAAUGAAGUAAGAGUCGUCAGUAUGCGAGUUCAGACGGUGACAAAAUUGAAAACAGUUACUAAUGUUGUUGGAUACGUAAUGGGCUUGACAUCUCCAGACCGGUAUAUCAUAGUUGGCAGCCAUCAUCACACUGCACACAGUUAUAAUGGACAAGAAUGGGCCAGUAGUACUGCAAUAAUCACAGCGUUUAUCCGUGCCUUGAUGUCAAAAGUUAAGAGAGGGUGGAGACCAGACCGAACUAUUGUUUUCUGUUCUUGGGGAGGAACAGCUUUUGGCAAUAUUGGCUCAUAUGAAUGGGGAGAGGAUUUCAAGAAGGUUCUUCAGAAAAAUGUUGUGGCUUAUAUUAGCAUCCACAGUCCCUUAAGGGGAAACUCUAGUCUACAUCCUGUAGCAUCACCAUCUCUUCAGCAACUGGUAGUAGAGAAAAAUAAUUUCAACUGUACCAGAAGAGCUCAGUGCCCAGAAACCAAUAUCAGCUCUAUACAGAUACAAGGUGAUGCUGAUUAUUUCAUCAACCAUCUUGGAGUUCCCAUCGUGCAGUUUGCUUAUGAGGACAUCAAAGCAUUAGAGGGUCCAAGUUUUCUCUCCGAGGCCCUUUUUUCUACACGAGCAACAAAAAUUGAAGAAAUGGAUCCGUCUUUCAACCUUCAUGAAACCAUUACUAAGCUCUCAGGAGAAGUGAUUUUGCAAAUUGCCAACGAACCUGUUCUGCCCUUUAAUGCAAUUGAUAUAGCUUUAGAAGUUCAAAACAACCUUAAAGGUGAUCAACCCAACACUCAUCAACUGUUAGCUAUGGCGUCACGCCUGCGGGAGAGUGCUGAACUUUUUCAGUCUGAUGAGAUGCGACCUGCUAAUGAUCCCAAGGAGAGAGCAUCCAACCGCAUCCGGAUGCUGAAUGACAUUCUCCAAGACAUGGAGAAAAGCUUUCUGGUGAAGCAGGCACCGCCAGGUUUUUAUAGAAACAUCCUGUACCACCUUGAUGAAAAGACGAGCCGGUUUUCAAUACUUGUGGAGGCUUGGGAACACUGCAAACCCCUUGCAUCAAAUGAGACCCUUCAGGAAGCCCUGUCAGAGGUGUUGAACAGCAUUAAUUCAGCUCAGGUUUACUUCAAAGCAGGACUUGAUGUGUUCAGGAGUGUCUUGAAUGGAAAGAAUUGAGAAAACUCUGAGCAUUUUUUAAAGUUUGCUUACAAUUCCACAAGCAAAAGCUCUAAUUUAACCAGAUUUUCUGACACUGAAGGCUUAUUUUCCCCCAUGGCUUUUUGACAAGUAUAAAGCUAUUAUUACAUUGUAUUUUUUAAAUGUAAAUAUAAAAAGAACAUUUUGCACAUUUAAUAUUUUUUGUAUCUACAUUUCUGACUAUGUAAAGCAAGUUAUUGAAAUAGAACUUAAGAAUUACCUAUUAAAAAGAAAUCUGAUAUUUUAUAUAUGUGUGUAUAUAUAUAUACACACACACACAUACACACACACUAUUUUGAGGAGAAAGUUUCAAGAAGUUCCAGAGUAUCUUUGUUCCUAUGGGCAGAGCAUAUAGGAACACAGUUUAUUCUCUCUGAUAGAGCUAUUAAUGACCUAGUUUCUGUAAAAGAAAUGAAGAGUUGAUAUGGUUCCGAUUAACUUCACUAUUAAGUGUUCAAUAUGAAGAAUUCAAGUAUUGUGACUGAGUGAUUGGUUGACCUAAACCACUUUGAAUGUUUCUAUUUUAUGAAAUGAAGUUUCUCUUCCUAACACAACUAGAUGUAGUAAUACACUGGUUAUGAAAUUGUAUUUUUUUAAGUAUUAAUGAAAAAAGAGCCAUAAGCAUUCCAGGGAAAAAUCUCAAGGUAGCUACACAGAGCAAUUUAAAUGCAAAUUUUUUUCCUAACAACUUACAAGGUGACUAGCUUUGAAACCCCUAAUUUGCCUCAGUUGAUUUUCUAAGAAUUUCGGGAGUGAUGUAUGUCUUAAGAGGGACAAAAAAUAUAUCUUACUACUUUUUCUCUUGUUUCUUUUGGAAUCACUGAAACAGGGACUACUCUAAAAUGAAAGCAUCUCACAUUGGUUUUCUUUCUUGUAUCUUUUCUGAAACUCCUUGCUGUAAGGCAGCUUUCACAGAGUACUAUAUAUUUUCCACAGUAAAGUAGCAAAGUUUCUCUUUGAAACCCAAAAUAUCUUCUAAAGCAUCAAAUUUCUAUUUCUGCCUCUGACAAAAAGAACUUACUAUGAAAGAAAUAGUUGUUUUUAUCAAUAAAAGCUCCUUAAUACUAUGAAGAAACUUUUGGUAUUUUUUCUUCUUUAUCCUUAAUUGUGACUAUGAUGGAAAUCUAGAAAAUCUUCAUGCUUCUAAGUUUCUACAGGGUUACUGUAAGAGAGUGUCUCAUCUACACUUCAAUUCUUCUCUCAUGUGGAAAACUAAGUUUUUUAUAUUGACAUUGUCGUUGAAUAGCUCUAGCAAUUAUUAUUAUUCUCCCAAACACUAACAUUCUACCUAUUAAGUAUCAGGUUAAAGUUCUCAUUUAUCUUUAGAAGUUUAUUUGAAAAAUGGUUUUCAUAUACUGGAUAAAGCAAUUCCCCUUAGGAAACAUAGCCUCAGAGUAUUUCAUAUAAAUUUUCUCUACCUAAUUCAAACAUACUUCGCCAUCAUACACCACCAGAGCAACAUUGCAAAUAGUCUGUGUAUAUUUAAAUUUUCACUUUCUAUGGAUGAGCAUAAACUUAGUCUUAGUUUAAAGGCUAACUAAAGUUGAGGGAAGAUAAUUAAUCAAUAUUCAUUAAUUGAUUUAUAAGGUUCAACACUUUCUACCCUAAAUUAUUUUUAUACGCUCAAGGCAAAGCACGGAAUUGAGGCAAUUAGCUAGAUAAUUCAAGCAGAAACCCAUUUUCAUGGAAAUUGCCUGUGUGCACAUAUUUUUAGAUGAAAAAUGAAACUACCUUACAAUAUUAUUUUUUACCAAUGUAUUUGUUUGAAAACAUUUGCCAUGUUGAAGAAUGUGUAUAGGAAAGGGCUAGAAAUAAACAGGCUUGUGCAUACCGAGACAUUCAUGAUUUUUCUUCCUCUUCAGAGAUCAUCAGAAAAGAGGUGGGAAUACACAUGCAGGUGCAUGUGAGCCCAAAUGCCAGAAAGUCUUAUACCAGAAGAACUUAAAUAUUUAACCACAGGUUGAUGUAUUCAUUCCUGUUAUUCAUUUACAGAUGAAAUUAAAACAAAGAAAGGCAAACUAUUAUCAGUUUGGUAGUUCACUAUUUUAGAGCAAAUUUCUAAAUGAAUUUAUUCCCAUAACCUGCAAUAGCACUGAGAGCAGAAAAUAUGUUUCUUCUUCACCUUUGUUUAAAGAUUGCGUACCUAGGUAAGUCACAUUGUAUAGAUAAAAACCUUCUUCUGUAUUCCUCACCUCUAAAUUAAAUGUUAUUUGCUAUUUGAAAACUGUAGUUAACUAUGGUUUUUAUUAGUCUAUUAAGAGAUACGUGGAGAAAUUUAAUUAUAACUAAAGCAGAUGUCCAAAAUUCUAUACAUGCUGCUUUACAUCUUUGCAACAAACCUCUUAACUAGCAGCAUUAUUUCUAUAGUGUGAUUACCUGAGAGUGCCUCCAAAUGUAUAUCAUUUCACUCCCCUCCGCACCCCACCCCCAACAGAUCCAAAUAAAUAAAAUCCUGAGCAAGUUAAUAGCAAGUGUUAUGUGAAUUGGUAGUAGGUUUAAAUUGUUGCUGAGUUGUCCAUAUGCCUGGUGCUUCUCACAAUCUUUCAUACAUAGAAUCGUGCCUAGGAAAUAAUGAAUCAUGAAUAUUCUCUGAAGAAAAUGUGGCAAAGGCGUAACAGUGAAAUUUAUGUUCAGGCAGGGUAUGCAUGAAAUACUGCCCUUUAUGGAAAAGCAUAAGUCUCAGAAUCAAAAGAAAGCCUAAGAAGGAUUCUGGUCUAAGCCCUGAGAUCUUGCCUUCAGCCAGAGAAGGCACUAUCAGUUACCCCCACCAGAUGUAAUAACUAAACCCAAAGCGAAUAAGAAACUUGGACAUAGUUGUGUAUUUAGUUAGUAACAAAAGCACCACUGGAAUUUAAGCUUCUCUGCUUUCUCAUGCAGUAUAUCUUGCUUUUCCCUGAGGAGACAGGGUUAUAAAAGAUCUUUUCCAGUGCAUUCUAUGUAACCAGCCAUUCUAUCAGAUGUUGCAUGGGCUGGUUUUAAUUCAAGGCUAGUUCUUUCUCUGACUGUACCUGACAAACAAAACUGUCCCCAGGAAUUCGGGCAAAGGAAACAAAGACUGCGUACUUGAGAGAGCGUGAGGAGAGUCCUUACAGAACACCAGAAGUCAGGAAGAAGGACAUUGAGCAAACUAUUUCUGUGAGAGGGCAAGUUAGGCCAGUGUUAACUAAACAAUCUAAAUCACCAUUUCUCAAAAUGUGAAAUUUAGAAAGACAGGGCUAGGAAUCUACGUCUUCAGCAGGAUUUCUGGAUGUUUCUUACACACACUGAUGUUUAAGAAUUUCCAAUCUACAUUAAUCGUAGGUUCCAACGUAGGUUCCAAGAAAAUGCUAGUUGACAUUUCUAGAUAGAUUGAAGAGUCAUAGUAACAAGAAAGACAUAAAUCUUUGUUAUUAAUGGAAUCAUUAUGAGAAAAGAAAAGUGGACCCAUUUUAUCCCUAAGAAAACAAUUCAGUUGCAGCUUAUAUUUGCGCUUGCUACAUCCCAGGGACUGGUGUUCUAGAAUUUUCCCAUGUAUUUUUUUUUUAAUUCCCACAAUAACACAUUUAAAAAUGAGAAAACUAGGUUGAGUGACUUGUCCACAGUUCCAAAGCUAAUAAAAAUGUUGAGGCAUGUUUCUCUUCUGGGCUCACUGUAUUCAGUUCUUUGUUCUUACACUGAGUGCUGAAAAAAAAAAAAAAAAUCAUACUAUUUUCAUUCUAGAAAGUGAUAUAAUUGGAAAUUUUAACGUAUUUCUCCAAAACUGAUCAGACUGUUCAGUCUGCCAUUUUUUUGGUACAAUAAAAGGGUUCGAAGAAACAUGACAUCAUUCCUGAUGAUGGUAGCCCCUCCAACAAUGGUGUAUAUAUAUAGGUAAAGUUUGAAGAUAUCUAAAGAGCAUGAAAAGGCAAGUGCACCAUUGUGGAAUCUCAUGACAAGUAGGCUUACAAACAGUAAAAAGAGACCAGAAACCACAGGUCUUACACUUUCCUUCUCUAAAUGCUUACAUAAUUUCAAUUAAAAAAAGAAAAGCAGGUGCUGUGAUUUAGAACCACAGUUUUAUGUUAUUUUUAAAAAUUCAGAUUAACCAAUUGACCUUUUUAAUUAAAUAAAUGUAGAACAUAUAGUAAGUUUCCCCAGAAGAAAGAUAGAUGUUCACAAAAAUAAAAUAAAUACUUAUUUGUGACCAUCUUACUAAUGAUGAAUCAGCAUCUUUGCCUCAAAUGAAAGUCUAUAAUUAUUUGUAUGACAAAUUGGUAGACCUAGCCAAAAAUGUUCUCAUGAGACAUUCUGUGAUAUGUGUAAUUGAUUACUCCAAAAAUAAAGCUUUCUCUGAGGGUAACACAUUGUCAUUUCAUUGGUUUAAUGGGCUAUUUAAAUGUGCCUUAGCCGCACAUUUGCUUAAUAGAAAGGAAUUAUUUUAAACUACCAAUCCAUAUGUUGAGUGGAAAGGAAGUUGGCCCACAUAUUCCAAUAAAAAUAUCAGCAACAUAACAGUUUCAUCACGGGACCAUGGAUACAGUGCAGGGAAAAAACAAACAAACAAUACAAUAUUUGAGAAAAUAAAUAUUCUGCCCAGCCACACUAGUGAGUUUUUAUUUCUUUUAUGAGUUUAAAUUAUCAACUUUAAAAAGCCUCAUUAGAAUUUGCUAUUCAGAAAGACCUUAAAAACCCUCACAGAGUUCUAAGCAUCCCAUUCAUUGAAAAUACUUUUCAGUUAAGUAGAUUUGUUUUGUGCACUUCACAAUUUUAGGUGGCAUGAAUUUGAAGCGCAGCAAAAGAAAUGUAUAAAAGAUAGCCUUUUCUGGUCAUUACCGUGUCUACUCAAGUUUCUGUUUUCUAAGUACACUCUAACAUUGUAAUUUUUCCCCCUGAGAAGUAAUUUUAAGAUCUAUCAGUCUCAAUUUAAAUGAUCUGUUAAUCAGCCAGAGUUUUAGUUUCAUAAUAUCGUUCCAUUGUCUGACAAAGAUAUACACACUAAAGUGCCUUUAGCAGGCCUGGGACUGUCAAGAAUCUAGGUAUCGUGAUUAUUGCAAGAUGACAUAUUUCUUAAGACGUUUAUAAUCUUAUAUUUGGAUUUAAUCUGAAUUUACAAAUAAAAGGGUUAAAUUGAGGCAGUUUCAAGCAGCAUUUAAGAAAAUGAAGUGGCUUCAAAUUUUAAUGCUUCUGGUUAGAUUAUUUUGUUUAAAUUAUACAAUUAUAUAAUUUUCUGUAACCAAAAUGGUAAUUUUGAUGGAUUUUUUAACGCCAAAAUCCAAUCAUCAAGGCCAAAGAAAUGCACGAUUACUCUGCUGUCUUAUGCGCGAUUCAAUCAAGAAUUAACUCAGAGGCAUUUGAUUCAGUGCUUACAUCUAGACAAAGUUUUAAUGAGUGCAGACACAGCCUAACAAUAUUUCAUUUAAUUUCUUUGAGGGCUUAAGCCAAUAAACACUGCGGUAGUUUUACUCAGAAGGAAACAGAUUUUAUUUUCCAGGUGCUAAUUAAUAUGUACCACCUAAGUCCCCAAAGGAUCACACAGGUGCCUGUAUCAUGCCAUAUGUCAUGUGCUAUAUUCCUGCAAGCUCAAGAGAAUAAUAUACCAUCAUUAUUAUGAAUUAUUAUGUUGCAUUGAAAUUAAUGUCAGUCUUUUUUUCUAAUUAAAGUACAAACUUGGCAUGUGAAUAGAAGCUUAGCUAGAGAAGUGGAGUUAGAGUCCCUAUUUUAAUGAACUACAUAUAUUUUUCAAUCAAAAUGUUUAAUUAUUUAAUUAUCUAGCCUGCUCGGUAAUCAUAACUCUCCAACUUCUUCAAAGGACCUUUAUUCAAUGUGUUACCACUCAUAUGGUCAUUACUUGGUGUGUGUUUUAUAUUUUGAAUUUCUUAGAUGCUUUCAGUGUAUGUGCUGGUGUUUUAUUAAUAUUAAAAUUUUUUGUUUACUUCUAUAUCAAACUGCCGCAAAUGGACUACCUUAUUUUGAAAGUUAGAAUAAAAUGCUAUUACUCUCUAAGCAGAACUUUAGCAUAUCUGUUUGAUAAGAAACACAAACAAAAUAUUUUUCUACGCUAUUGCAAAUUGUCCGCAAGAAACAAAAUGCCAGAUGGUUAAGUGUAGCUCACAUAAUUAUAUUCCAAAGAUGUUAUAAAUAAUUCUAUUUAGCAUCUGAGAUAGGUCUCUAUUAGGCAAUUUCAUGUUUACAUUUCUAACACAAAGGUUUAAUGGCACAUACAUGCCUUAUAUUCUAACUUGCUACUUGGAGAAUGUGGAUAUUCUGAAAAGAAAAACCCUUUCUAGAACACUUUGCAGGGCUAAUUUUUUUUUAUAGACAUCUAGAAAAUAGCCUGGGCAACAAAGUGAAACCCUGUCUCUCU